GUACGGAAAUUAAUUGGAUACAAAUUGUAAACUUCCGGUGAAAUAAUCAUUAAAAUUAUCAUUUAAAUUGCUAUUUGUCGCGACUUUGAGAUGUGAUCGCAAGAGUUGUGAAUUUUAAUAUGAUGGCAGAAGCAACUACAUCAUCCUCAAGCUCAACACAAGUUGUAGAAGUUGAGAGGACAACAAGUCCAACAUUACAACUGAAGUUACGUAAACCAAAGAAUGACAAGAAGGUGAAAUGGUCAAAUGAAACAGUGGAUAAUGAACAUUUGAAUAAAAAGAAAUCAAAAUGUUGUUGUAUAUAUGAAAAGCCAAGGAUGUUUGGAGAGUCCUCAGAUGAAGAUGAUGAUUGCACAGGUCACUGUAGAGGUCAUAAAGGCAAAUGUUAUAAAGGUGAUGGGCCAGCUGAUGAUGGGGGAGCAUCUGGAGGCGGAAGCGAUCAAGCGGGUCCAAGUGGAUUGUGAUAUUUGUUUUUUUUCCAAUAAAUAUAGUAAAUGUGAUAUAUGAAGUGUAUUACGCUAGGAAAAUUAAGUCUUCUGAAUAAGCGUCAUUUUUCACUACUUUGAAUGGACUACACGAAGGAUUUUGAUACAAAACUGUUCAUACUCAUCGUGAUGAAGAUGUGCGAUGAGAUGAUGUGUAUCAACUCACAUUGUAGUAUUAAAAGUAGUAUAUAUUGUGUGUAAACACGUUGCUAUGAGUACACAUUGUAUUUUUGUUAUGGGGCAUAUUUUUGUUCAGCUCUAGUUUUUUCUGUCAGCAUCUUAACAUAGUGUAGAAAAUAAUGCCAUGUUUUGAAUACAGUUUGUAUGCACUUGUAUGUUGCUAAGAUUCUGAAGCGUUCCUGGAUGUUAAGAAAUUGUAGUUUUAUGCUCCCCUCGUCCCCUACCCCGAUAUUUUAUGAAGCUCUCAAUUUGUCCUUUCUUCCAUCUUGUCACACUUACUUGCCCAAUCUUAUGGCACCUUCAUUUAUUGACUGAUAUUUGAUGUAUUGGUAUCACUCAUUGGCUGGGUGUUAGGUUGAUUAGGUCCGGGAAGCACACAGUGGCGUGUCUGAUAUUCUUGUUUUAUUCAGGUUCUUUAUUUUACAGGUAGAAAAACAUUCCUAUUUUAAAACAUACUGGAUUUGGACCACUUGCCGGCAAGGAUCACUUACAGGCGAUUUUAUUUUUUACUCUUGACAAAAUAUCUUUGGUGUUUUAAGCAUUUUAACACACCCACUUGUGCUUUUGAACUAAUCUCAACAUUGGUAGGUACAUAAUUAAUUAUGUUCUAUUUGUUCCAACAUAUUCAUAAGUUUCAUGGCUUCGUUUCUGUAGGCACCCCAGUUGUUUGCUACGACAAAAUAAUUAGAUUUUUGCCCAGCAAGUGGCCCAGAUCCAGUAUACAUCAUGUAUUUGAUUUAAUUAUGUUCACAGAUACAAAUGUAAGGUAGCUAGGUGAACAUUAGGUACAGUGGGUAUAACAUUUUGGAAUAAUAAAUUGUGGAAAAAGAAAACUCAACAUUUCUGCAGUAACACUUACAUGUUAUUAUUUGUGCCUAGUCAGAUUUAUGGCAUUAUGUAAUAUUGUUGUGACAAACCUGACUGUUUUUAUAAAGCUAAAUUUUGUGGCUACGUGUAUGUUUUAGGGUCUUAUAUUUUAUAAUUUUUUUGUACUUUUUGAAAAAUUCAAAUUUAUGGCUAAGGUCAAUUUUGUGCCAAGCUAAAGGUUUCUGCAAAGCUCCAUUUUGUGGCUAAGGUCAAUUUUGUGGUGAAGCUUAAGGUUGCUACAAAGCUCCAUUUUGUGGCUAAGGUCAAUUUUGUGCAAACCUAAAGGUUUCUGCAAAGCUCCAUUUUGUGGCAAAGCUAAAGGUUUCUGUAAAGCUCCAUUUUGUGGCUAAGGUCAAUUUUGUGGCUAAACUCCAUUUUGUGGCAAAGCUAAAGGUUUCUACAAAGCUCCAUUUUGUGGCUAAGGUAAAAUUUGUGGUUUCACAGAAGAUUUCUGCAAGUUUCCAUUUUGUGGCUAAGGUCAAUUUUGUGGCAAAGCUAAAGGUUUCUACAGACCUUCAUGUUGUGGCUAAGGUCAGUUUUGUGGCAUAGUUAAAAUCUCUGUAAAACUCAAUUUUAUGGUUAAGAUCAAUAUGGUAGCUUAAAAGUCAUUAUAAAACUCCAUUUUGUAGCUAAGGUUAAUUUGUGGCAUACCAAAAUAGUCACGAUUUCCUAUGAACAGUAGAUUAUUACACUUGUUGACUGACAUAUCUUAACUUAUACUGAAUAAAACACAACUUCCAAAAUAAACACAAUUUUGGCGUCUCCCAACUCUUUUGAUAUAACCGUAGCCAAAUAAACUUGUGUUGAAGUAAUUAUCGAUAAAAAAAUCAGUAUUUUGUUUGUUAUGUUCCAUUUUUUAGUGUUUGUUUUUAUUUAAUAUUAUCACUAUUUUUAGCGUGCUUUCUUCGAAUAAAUUUCUUAUUUUGUAAGUAUGAAAGUGUCAACUUUUUGUAUGAUCAUAUCAUUUGUUUAAAUUGUUUCUGUUUGAAUUUAAUGUUAGAAUGUCUGAAAUAUACCAUGGUAUCAUUUAGUACAUGUGAGUAUUGUUAACCUUUUUACAUAUUGACUGCUGGAUGCAAAAGGGUUGUAAGCUCUUCUUUUUGUCAUUAGAGUUACAACCCUUUUGCAUCAAACCCUCGAAUUAUGAUCUAUCAUUUUAGCUUCAUGGUGAGAGUUUGGAACAAGAGUAGAUGUGUAAUUAUUUUGUCUUUUUUGUUUUCUAAAUGAAAAAUAUUUCUUUUAGAAUCAACACAUUUGUUUUAAGUUUGUAAAAAUGUUAAGAUUUUUGUUACUAGUGCAUAAUAUUUGUUUUUGAAUCCUCAAUAAGGCUUUGGUUGACUUGUUGUGAUAACCAUUUCUUAUAACACUAGACUAGAGCUUGCUGCAAGGUGAACUUGUUUGGAUAGUUCCCCAUUUUUACAAUAUUUACUUCCCUUGCCAAAAGUGGCAGCCAUUUUGGGGGUCAAUAUUCUAUGUAAUAUAUAAUUGACAAAAGAUGAAAACAUCAAUAUAAACAACUAAUUUUGAUGAGUUGUCAAAUUCUUUAAUACAUAUGAAAGAAAAUAGUUAUAUACAUGUAGCACCAAUGUGUAAAAGAUUUUUAUCAGUUUUCACAAAGAUGAUAGAAUUAUAUACAUGCCAUAUUUCCAGCCACCCAGAUAGGGGGAUUUGGCUUCAAAAAGCAGGGGAUUUGGACCAAAAGUAGGGGGAUUUUUAAGCAAGCGCAAACCAGUCUUCAUCUUAGAACUAUGAAAACAUAUAAUUAUAUUUCCCCCAUUUUAUUAUGACUAUGAGCAUUUUUUCAACAUCAUUUGAUAUUUUUAAGUUUUAAACAAAAAUAAAUAACAACUAAAACUUGUAUCCGAAAUCACCUACUUUUUCAUACAUGACAUUGUUGAUUCUUUUAGCAAUGUUUUUUAUUAUACAUGAGGAAUUAAGUGAUUUCUUCAAGUACUUUAUAUAUAAUUCAAAUGAGCCGUGUCACGACAAAACCAACAUAGUGGGUUUGCGACCAGCAUGGAUCCAAACCAGCAUGCGCAUCCGCGCAGUCUGAUCAGGAUCCAUGCUGUUCGCUUACAAACCCUAUUACAUGUAGAGAAACUGAUAGCGAACAGCAUGGAUCCUGAUCAGACUGCGCGGAUGCGCAGGCUGGUCUGGAUCCAUGCUGGUCGCAAACCCAUUAUGUUGGUUUUGUCAUGACACGGCUCAAAUAUUCAAUAAUGAGAGAUUUUUAUCUUAUCUUAAGCAUAUGAAUUAUGAUAUAUUGAGAAUGACCCUAAAAAUGGCGGCCAGGAGAGGGAACCUGUAUGGCAUUGCAGUUGAGUUUGACAACACUACAUUUUUGAAUUUUCUAUUUUUAUACUGACACCCCUUAAACAAUUAAUAAACUAUCCAGAUCUCAGAAAAUGUGAAUUUUGUCAUGUGCUAAACUAUUUAAAGUAUGAUGCUUGUCUGAAAAGAGUGUCUGCGUUUUGUAAAUGAUAGGGUAAUUUUAUUUUGGAUUAUGUUAUGAUUAUGAAUUCUUCUGAUUUAAAAGAUUUUUUGGUAACAAAUUGUCUUAUUUUACUAGUAUGUUUUCGUGGGUCUUUUUUUUAAAAGAGAGGAGCACAGUUUAAGUUAGUCCAAUAUAUCAGACGUAACAGGCUUGUUAUAGUUUCUGUCGGUCAAGCCUGACGUCUAAAAGUUAUUGCUCAUCAUAAAUUUUUUUUAAAAAAUGUCUAUUGUCUUGCCUUUCAAGCUUUAUUUAAAAUCUUAUGUUCUUUUCUUUCAAUUUCAUGCUCAAUCAUAAACAAAAACUCUCAAACAAUGUACUUAUCGUACUUAUCAAUUAAAAAUAAACAUCAAUCUAUUUUUGUCUAUCGACCAUACUGGCUAAGUAAGGCACUUUACAGAUUGAUUCCAAAUUUUUGAACGGAAAAUACAUGUAAACACACGCUGAUGGUGCAUGGGCAAUUAUUUGAUUAUAUAAUAUUCCGUUACAAUUUUCUGACUCAGUCAAAUGCUUGCAUUUGAAUUAGCCAAUCAGAUUUCCCGCACGGUAUGGCAGCAAUUUGUUUAUCAGCUGUAUAAGGAAUUUCAUUACAUGAGAGGAUUUAAUCAUGAUUUUUCUGAUGUGACAGUUUAAUUAUUUUCUUUAAAGGUAUUUGUUUUUAUUUUUUUCAUAAAUAGGUGAAAAUUAAAGUAAACACACGCUGUCUUAAUUCUUUUUUCGUUCCGCCUGAUUUUCUGGUGGAACGUGCUAUGGUUUUUUGAGCAAUUUCGAUAUUGCGUUGCUUUGCCCAGAAGCAAAAAUAUCUCAAAGCGACGUCAUAUUUAUAGGACUAAGUUUUAAGUAAGCUUUAAUAAAAGACACGUUGCUUCAUCUGUUUAACUGAACUGGUGGAGAGUUAUUAAUAGUUGAUUGAUGUUUAGGUAAAACUAUAUAAUUAUUGUAUUCCUAGAAAAUUAUUGUAAGAUUCUAAAAUUUAUGAAAUGUAAAACGCUUUUGAUUUUCAGUAGAAAUGGUUAUUUUUCUUACUUAUAAAUUAUUUCGAGAGAUUUUAAAAUUUCUUACACUUUAUAGAAAAAAUAGUUAUUUUUCUAACCUUUCUAAGAGAUUUGGAAAUUUCUUCCACUUUAAUAUACAAGAUUUCAUUCAGGUUAAGAGAAUUUUUCACUAAAAUGAGCUAUAUGAUAUAAUUUGUAUUUGAUGCAUAGCCGCUUUCAUGAACGUGUAAGUUAAAUUGAGCAUUUUGUUCCACACAAGUUUUAUUAUUACUUUUAUAUAGGCAAACAUAAGUUAUUACAUUUUUGAAUUUACAAAUCCUGCUGUAACCUAAUGUGAUGAGCAUUUUCCACCAGUAUAGAGCCAGGACAGCCUACUAAUUCAUGAUGUCUGACCAGGCUUUAUACUUUCUGUAGCUCAGUUUUUGUACUUUGAUUUUGAAAUCCUAUAAAUUCCAAAAUAGACUUUUCUGAUAAAUUCCAAAAUAGACUUUUCCGAUAAAUUCCAAAAUAGACUUUUCCGAAUUCAAGGCAGAGCAGAACCUGGUACAAAAUAAGCAUGCAGGUCAAGUGUCAAAGAUUAAUCUUUGUAUAUAAAUGGUGUCUGUCUGUUUUAAUUCAGUCCUCUUUAGCGAUAGUGUUGGGUAUACAGACCUAAGAUUUGUGAGUUUCUGAAAUUUCUCAGGUUAAGUCCUGGCAAAGUACUGAGUUUUACUCUGAUGAUUGAUGACAAUAUGUAUAAUGGUGUUUGUCAGUGGAGAGUGUUUCAAAUGAAGUUGGGAAGUUGUUAGUAACAUGUUCUUCUAAGGUAAACUGGUUUAUAUUGGUUCAGAUAUAUUAUUAAGGUAACUGUUGUCAGAUACUGGUAAAUUAUACUUAUAUAUGUACAUGUAUAGAAGUCAUUAUAAGAAUCAGUCAUAGUCUACAAUGGUAUUUCUAAAAAAAAUCUUGAGUCACGAUUUUGUGUUUUACUAAUUUAGCCAGGCCUGGAAAAUGAAUUGGUCGUCGUAGUAUAUAUGAUUAUUUUUUAAUUUUUACGAAAUUGGUGCUAAAAAAUUCUUGAUUUCUAUCAUUUUUUGGCAGUUUUCUCUCCCAAAUAUACCAAAUUGCAUGGCCCGCUAAUAAAAAGCUGUUUAAAAAAAUAAAACUGGGCAAAUGUUAUAAGUUUUAUGGGCUUCUUGUCCAGGGCACAGACAUAUUGUUAUUAGGCUUUAUGUGAUUCUAGUGCAUAUGCAUUAUUGUUUAUUAUUAAAAAAUGUUUAAAACAUU